GUUGGUUACUUCGCAGUUUAGCAUAACAUCUGAACUUAUCGCAAAAAUAAUAAUUUAACGACAUAUCUAAGCGGUUCUGUGUGCUGUUAUACGGAUAGUAUAAUAAAAAUAGUUUGGGUGGUUUAUGGAUGAUAUUUGUUUCCUUUGACGUCUCUGUAACUAAAUUAAAAUGUUUGUAUAUUUAAGCAAAAAGAUUGCAAUUCCAAAUGGUGUUGCAUUGCACUGCAUAUCAUGGAACAAAGAGCAUGGAUAUAUAGCAUGUGGAGGUGAUGAUGGCUUAUUAAAGGUUUUAAAACUUGAGACUCAACCAUCAAAAGAUGCCAAGAUUCGAGGAUUGGCUGCUCCCAGUAAUCUUAGUAUGAACCAAACCAUGGAAGGACACAAUGGUAUAGUGAAAGUUGUGACUUGGAACAAUCAUUAUCAGAAGCUAACCUCAAGUGAUGAGAAGGGUCUCAUUAUUGUGUGGAUGAUGUUUAAUGGUCAAUGGUUUGAGGAAAUGAUCAACAGUCGCAACAAAUCCAUCGUCCGCUCCAUGUGUUGGAAUGCUGAUGGACAGAAGAUCUGCAUCGCUUAUGAAGAUGGCGCUGUGAUCCUGGGAUCAGUGGAUGGGAACAGGAUAUGGGGGAAGGAUUUGAAGAACAUGCAGCUUACUAAUGUUGCUUGGUCACCAGAUGGGAAGAUUAUAUUAUUCGGUACAACUAGUGGGGAGGUUCAUAUAUAUGAUAAUAAUGGACAAUCCAUUGGCAAAGUUGAGUUAUAUUGCCUGGUGAAUGUGACUGGUGCUGUUAGCUUAGCAGCAGUGGAUUGGUAUAAUGGUAGGUUAGGGUUUGUUGAACCUGAUUGCCCAUGCUUGGUGAUUUGCUUUGAUAAUGGAAGAUGCCAAAUCAUGAGAGAUGAAGUUGAUGAUAAACCAAUUUUGAUUGACACAAAAAUGGAUGCGAUUGACGCGAAAUGGAACGACACCGGAUCCAUCCUCGCCAUCGCUGGCUCACAACGAUCCAUUCAACAAGAUAAAGACAUCAAUGUGGUUCAGUUCUUCUCAUCUUUUGGAGAGCCCCUGUACACCUUAAAAGUUCCUGGGAAACAAAUCCAAUCAUUAGAUUGGGAGAAAGGAAGUUUGAGAGUCGCACUUGCUGUUGAUUCUUUUAUCUACUUUGCUAAUAUAAGGCCAGAUUAUAAGUGGGGUUACUGUGAACACACAGUCAUCUACGCUUUCAUCAAACCUGAACGUGCAGAACAUUGUGUAAUAUUCUGGGACUGGAAGACUAAAGAAAAAUAUGUCAAGUAUGUGAAGCAUUUGAUGCUGAUGGAAGCAUCAGGCAACCACUGUUGCUUAGUCACAAGGGCAGAAGAUGAUGAUGAACAAUAUGCUCUUGUACUUUGCAACACCAUUGGCACUCCCAUGCUAUCCAAGUUUGUAGAUAUGGAGCCACUUUUUCUCACUAUGACCGCAACUCACGUGAUAGCAGCCUCCCGUGAAGCAGUAUACUCAUGGCAGUACACCACAUCACGUGCACUUGGUCUCUCACAUAUUGUGACCUCAACAACACGCAAGGACAACAGGGAGAGGCUCUUCCACAUUGAUGAUGACAAACCUCAAUCUAAAGCUGAUUAUCUCAACUUUAAAGCUGCUCAAGCUCCAACAAAGGAUCCAAUUUGUGCCAUCACUUCAUCUGACAGACUUCUAGUUGUGGCCAGAGAGAGUGGUACCUUACAACGAUACACGCUUCCUAAUCUAGAGUUAACGCACAGAUAUGCUGUGUCAUGUGAACCUAAACAACUAGCAUUGAACUGCACAUCUGCGAGGUUAUCAAUUAUAGAUACUGGAGGUGUGUUUUCAAUAUUUGAUCUCGAUGUUGUUAUAACUGAUGAACACGGACAAGAGAUGAUAGGCGAGCAUCUAAGGUUGGAACGUAAAGAUGCGUGGGACAUGAAGUGGGCCGAUGAUAAUCCUGAACUCAUCGCUAUUAUGGAGAAGACGAGGAUGUAUAUCUUCCGUGGACUUGAUCCGGAGGAACCACUUCAAUGCUCAGGAUACAUAUGUGACUUCAGUGAUUUGGAAAUAAGAUCUGUUUUGUUGGAUGAAAUACACAAGGACCCGGACAGUCCUAGCACGGAUGAUUUGAUUGAAUUGGAAGUCAAAUCACUUCGUGACACGAGGACAUUGAUACAAACAGUAGGGAUGAAAGACGCCGCUCAGUUUGUUGAUGAUAAUCCUCAUCCUAGACUAUGGAGACUGCUUGCUGAAGCUGCAUUAGAUCAACUUAACUUAGAAGUAGCAGAACAUGCGUUUGUUCGAUGUAAAGAUUACCAAGGAAUCAGGUUGAGUAAGCGGGUGGCACAACUACACAGUGAACCACUCAAACUAGCUGAGAUCGCGGCAUAUUUUCGACGAUUUGAAGACGCAGAGAAAAUUUACAUUGAUAUGGAUAGAAGGGACCUUGCCAUUGAGUUACGAAUGAAACUUGAAGAUUGGUUUCGUGUCGUACAACUUCUACAAAGUGGAAGUGGUGGUGCUGAUGAUAAGAAGUUACUUCAAGCAUGGAAUGCUAUUGGCGAUUAUUAUGCUGAUCGACAAAAAUGGAAAAAUGCUGCUUCAUAUUACAAACAGGGUGGAAACCAGGAGAGAAUCGCUGAAUGUUAUUUUAUGUUGGAGGAUUAUGAUUCAAUGUCCGAACUAUGCGACACUCUACCGGAUAAUCAUAAAGUUUUACCGGAAUUGGCCAAAAUGUUCCGAAUGGUCGGCAUGUGUGAACAAGCUGUCUCUGCUUUCUGUAAAUGCAACCGGAUCAAAGAUGCGAUAGAUACUUGUGUUUAUCUCAACCAGUGGAGCCAAGCUGUGGAACUUGCACAGCAGCAUAAUGUUAAAGAUAUAGAUCCUCUCCUUGCUAAAUAUGCUGCACAUCUCUUGGAAAAAGAUAACAUUCUUCAAGCUAUUGAAUUAUACAGGAAAGCGAAUCGUUUUGUUUCGGCUGCUAAGUUGUUAUUCAAGAUUGCUAAGGAAGAAGAAGCAAACGGAGCAUCUCCUAUACAGUUAAAGAAGAUUUAUGUCCUUGCUGCCUUGUUGGUUGAAAAACAUCACCAGAAAUCAAGAGAAAAAUCUACGAAGCCUUCGGGUUCGUUGUUGUUGAACGACUUUGAGGACGAAGCAGGUGAUGCGAGAGUGAUCGGCCAAGCAUGGAGAGGCGCUGAAGCGUAUCAUUUCUAUAUUCUUGCCCAACGUCAGCUAUAUGAAGGUUAUGUGGAUCCUGCUAUGUGCACAGCAAGUCACUUAUCUGACUAUGAUGACUUCAUUGAUGUGAAUCGUGUGUAUUCGCUUAUUGCUGUCACAUCAGCUACAAACAGAUCGUACGCCAUUUGCUCCAAGGCAUUCAUUAAACUUGAAACAAGCACAGAUAUUAAUGAAAGUGACAGGAAAGCUUAUCAAUCGCUGGCUAUGGAUAUUUUCUCAAAACAUGAACCACGAGACCAGAGACAUAAACCAGAGCUGGAUAUGAAGGAUGACAACAUCGUAGUGUGCCUUGUCACUGGUCGACCAAUAUUAGAUUACGAGUUCUGGACAUGCACGACAUGCAAACGAAGUGCAAUGUCACAAGAAAUGAAUUCCAGGCUCUCGUGCCCACUUUGUCAUUCAAGUGUUUGAUUCCUUAAGGUGGCAGUAGUGAGUCGAAGCUGCUGUAAUAAUUUUUGUUUUUUAAAAAAGGUCCUUACUAGUGACUUUUAUUCCAAGAUGUUACAAAAUUUCAUAUAUCGUUUUUAUUUUUGUUUCAAAACUGUAUUCUCUGUAUUUUUCUGCUACAAAGGCACAUACGAGUUUUUUUACUUUAUUCUCAAGACAUUUCUUUACCCGUUUAAAAGGUUGCUAUCGAACGCGAUAUACAUUUAUAUAUAAAUCGUUAGAAUAUAUUCUACUCUAUGUCAAACACUA